UACAGGUCCUUAUAUGCAUUUAGCCAUCAUUUUUUCAUCUAUAUAUGACCAUCUUGAAGGUGAGGCUUUGCAUCAUUACACUAGCAGCCUCAAAGGAAGCUAACAAUACAACUAUGGUUCCACCCACUUCUACCACCAUAGCCACCACUAUUGCUUCUUUAAUCCUCUUUCUAGCUUCAAAUUCUUACUCCUAUCCACCCACUAUAGAGGGGUUGAGCUACUCUUCUGUCCCAGCUUCUGAUGUUGAUCUUCUUGAAUUUCCUCUCAAUUUAGAGUACCUAGAGGCUGAGUUCUUUCUGCAUGGCUCUAUGGGUCAUGGGUUGGAUAGGUUUGCUCCAAAUUUGACCCAGCAAGGUCCAGCACCACUUGGUGGUAGGAAGGCUAAUCUUGAUCCUUUCACUAAAGAUGUCAUCAAGCAAUUUGCUUGGCAAGAAGUGGGACACUUGAGGGCAAUUAAGAAUGCAGUAAAAGGAUUCCCUAGGCCAUUGCUGGAUUUAAGGGCUGAAACAUUUGCACAAGUUAUAAACAAUGCAUUCGGACGACAACUAUCUCCACCUUUUGACCCCUAUGCCACUCCUCUCAACUUCCUUAUUGCCUGCUAUAUGAUUCCUUAUGUUGGCCUCACGGGAUAUGUUGGAGCAAACCCAAAACUUCAAGGUUCUGCUUCAAAGAAGCUUGUAGCAGGCCUUUUGGCAGUGGAAUCAGGGCAAGAUGCAGUUAUCCGAGCAUUGCUAUACGAGAGGGUAAAGGAGAAGGUGCAUCCAUAUAGGAUAACAGUAGCCGAGUUCACGGAUCGCAUUUCAGAAAUAAGGAAUAAGCUAGGAAAUGCUGGUCUGAAGGAUGAAGGCCUUAUAGUUCCUAAGUGCCAAGGAGCAGAAGGCAAAAUCAGUGGCAAUAUACUUGCUGGAGACAACUAUUCCUUAGGAUUCGCAAGAACACCAGAGGAGAUAUUGAGAAUUGUAUAUGGAGGAGGUGAUGAACGUGUUCCUGGAGGUUUCUACCCACAGGGAGCUGAUGGUCGUAUUGCUAGAUCUUACUUGCACAAUUAUGCCUAGCUAUAUUAGAUGAAGAUACUAUACUAUAGUCUGUGGAUGCUUUUCUUGCAAUUUAUGUUGUUUUAUGACAAACCAAUAAAAUUUUAGUUGCCUUUCUUGGGUUUCUGUGAA